CAAAUUUGCGGGUGUGAUUGAUUUGAUGCGCAGCGGGCCUCUGAGGCUCUUUGAGUGGAAAGUGUACUACAAAUUCGCUCAGUCAGAACGUGCUUCGGCGCUUCGUCCGCGGCGACGGCCCACCCGGAGUGGGCCUGAUUUGUUCCUGACUCUAGAGAACCAACCCCGGGAAGGGGCGGAGCGGGGGCGGGCGGUGCUCGGAGGCAGGGCUGCCCGACGUGGGGGCAAACUGAGCCGUGCUGAGGCGAGUGUCUAGAGUUCAAAAGUCAGAAGUCAAUGUAGCGAGUUGUGGAGAGGCGAAAGUUGGAGGGGUAGUAAGGAGAAACUCAGGGAUUGAAUACUCAGGGUACAGAUUUGUGGGAAGGGGCUUGGAGGGAGGAGGCGCGUAGUGGCGAGGGAGGCGGGGACACUUACGAGAGAAGACAGAAGGGGAAAGGAAUCCCCUGGAUAUCCGUUCAGACUCCGGGCCCGUCACUGUCGGUCACUUAGCCGAGCCUCCCGCAGUUGCAGCCUCAGCUGUCCGCAGGGUGAGGAGAUGGCCUCUCCCUCUAGACAGGCCCCCCUCGGGGGGUCAGGACUGCUUCAAGGGAGCAGGGCUCGUUCUUAUGGAAGCCUGGUGCAGUCUGCCUGCUCCCCAGUGAGGGAAAGACGCCUGGAGCAUCAGUUGGCGCCCGGAGACACCCUGGCUGGACUAGCGCUCAAAUACGGGGUGACGAUGGAACAGAUUAAGCGUGCAAACCGCCUUUAUACUAAUGACUCCAUCUUCCUGAAGAAAACCCUCUACAUCCCCAUCCUGACAGAGCCCCGAGACCUGUUCAAUGGUGUGGAUUCUGAGGAAGAGAAAGAUGGAGAGGAACAGGUACAGCCAAGUCAGGAUGAAGUUUGGCCACAGUCCGCUGAGAGGAAGAAACAGGAGACAGGUUCAGGACGUGCCAAUGGGGAAGUCCUUCCCGCAUCUGGCCAGGACCCCCCAACUCCCAUCCAUGACCUCUCUGCCUCUGAUUUCCUUAAGAAGCUUGAUUCACAGAUCAGCCUGUCAAAGAAGGCUGCCGCCCAGAAGCUGAAAAAAGCAGAAAGUGGGGUACCUGGGGAGGAUUCAAGUCUUCACCUGAGCUCUCCUCGGAUGCAACAACGAGCAGUCCUAGGUCCUGUGCCGCUGACCCAGACCUCUCGGACCCAGACACUUCGGGACCAGGAGGAUGAAAUCUUCAAACUCUAAUGUCCCCGGAACUGAUUGAGAGAAGUGAGAUGUUGAAGGAGCAACUUGAGUGGGAGAGGAGCCUGAGGUGAGGCUCAAGAACACGGCUUCCCAGCCCACCUCCCUCCCUCCUGCCAUCUUCCCAGCCUCCUUGUCCAUCAAGAGUUCCUUGGCCCGGGGCAGUUUUAUCGGCAAGAGUAGGGGAUGGGGAAUGGACCCCUUCUCAGUUCUUGGGCUGAAUCUAGAGUUGUCCUCUAGACUCAGGAGGCUCUUCUUACAUCCCUGCUGCCUUUCCCGUCCCUUUCCCCAUUCCUUGGCCUUAGAGCAGGGAGGCAGGGACUCCUCCAGCCCUCAACUUCCUCCCCAUCUUUAACUAUGUUACCUAAUUUAUUUGGUGCUAUAUUGAAGUAAUAUUUAUUUGCUGUAUCUUAUUCUUUCCCACUCUUAGCUGAAAAAUGGGAUUUCUAUACUCCUGGGGUGAGGGGAACCCAGGAACAGUGAGCCAGUGACCGCUGGCUCCCACCUUCACCACCUUCUUAGCCACGCAUGUUAUUGAGGACAGGGCAGUCUGUGAUCUAGCCCUGCUGCAGAGAAUGGUGCACUGGGCCAGGCCUUUUCUCUAAUCUCACAGUAAAGAAUUUGGGCUCAUUCUGGACUAACCAGUUCACUACAACUUUUUCACAACUCUUGCUUUGAGAAAAACAGCACUGUAGGGAUCGGAGCACUCCAUGCCACCAUUUCACCCUUCUAACCUGCUCCUCUCUUCAGCCUAUGGUGAGGCUAAGGAAUGGAAGAAGAAUUGCCUUGGAGUUCAAAGAGGAGGACAGCUGUGGGAGUCUUUUUGUUGUGGGAGUCUCUUUGUUAUACCCCUCCCCACCAGAGCCUAUCAACCUAUGCAUUGCUCCUCACUGCGUAUUUAUUUGCAAUUUGUAGCACUGAUCUGCGGUACAGUUCUAAGUUUCUUACAGAGGAGAAGUAGGCAAGGGAACCCCAAUAAUACUGAAAAUAUGCCUCUGUCUCCUGUAUGGAAAUGGUGAGAGGUGAGAUAAGUGGUGUUUAUAUACCUCUUUCCUCUGUGAUGAUCAUAAGAUGUAAGAAGCUGGAGAGAUUAAACAUUGAGCCCUGUG